CGCAGCUGCCAUUCCUUACGGAAGCGCGACAAAAUGGGCGCGCUGAGGGUGUUAUUAAUUACACCGUUCCGGAUGUCAGAAAGCUCACUGAGGCGACUCCUCUCCUGAGCGAUCCCAUAGCCGUAAGGAAACUGCCUUGGAGGAUCAUGGUUAUGCAGUGGUCACAAUUCGGACCUUCUUGGAUGUCGUAUUUUUUGAAGUGCGGCGCUAAUCCGAAAUCGACAUGCGCAGUUAAUGGAGAACUACGCUUGCUGCCAUGGAAAGCGGAAAUUUCCCCUUUUAAGAGAACAAUAUCUACGACAUUUCCGAACAACGAAAAUGACUGGGGUUUCAGGAAUUAUAUCCUUAUGGAGGACUUGCUGGAUCCAGCGAAAGGUUAUGUCAAUCCUAAUACUUUCUCUGUGAAACUACAACUGCAGCUCAGCGCUGACCUGCCUGUGGAAAUUGAAUAGAUGCUGUAUGGGUUCGUAUAAUU